AUGGACACCAGUGUGCUGACUGUUCCUCGGGGACUCGCAUGCGACAAUGUGAUCAAUUUUGAGGUAGUCCUUCCAAACGGGACUAUUGCCAAUGCCAACAAAACGUCCAACCCGGACCUUUGGUGGGCAUUGAAGGGCGGCGGCAACCGUUUCGGCAUCGUCACCAAGCUCACUCUCCAAGCGCAUCCUGCCGGAGUGAAUGGGCAGGUAUGGGGCGGCAUACGCCUCUAUUCGGCAGAUGACAGGCAGGAGAUCUUCAGGGCGAUAUCGAACUUCAUUCGUGAAUACCCCGAUCCCAAAGCAGCUGUGAUCCCCACGUUUGAUUUUGGUCUUCCCAAUGCAGCUAUUUCUUCUCCAGCGCUGUUUUUCUUUUACGAUGGGCCGAGCCCUCCCGCGAACGCAUUUGCCGGCAUAGAAAAUAUCAAAGCAUUAACCGACACGACUGGAACCACGACGUACAACCAGCUAACUUCUGAAGCUGGCGGUGGGAAGAUUUACGGUAUCAAUGCUGCAGCUCGUGUGAACACAUUUCCCAAUAUGUCGCCCGACCGGACGAGCCAGUUAUUCGAAGACCACUGGGAUCUGUACAAAGCCUAUACAAAAAAUGAUUCAAGCAAGAACAUUGACAUCCAGAUCAGCACGUUUACAACCCAACCGCUGUCGGUCCGGAUUGCCCGUGCCUCUGCUCAGCAGGGAGGAAACGCGCUGGGUCUGGAUCCUGCGAGUGGUGAUCGCAUCUGGGUUGAGAAUGAUCUGAUUUGGCUCAAUCCGACUUGCGAUGAUACCUGUCCAGGGUAUCUGCGAGAGAUGACGGACGAUGUCAACACGGCAUUUUACAGCCGCUUCAAGGGGGAGAAACCUACCAAUUAUGAGUCUGGUGACGUUGGGUUCAUCUCGGCCAAUCCUCUCUUUAUGAACGAUGCUGCCGAUUACCAAGACGUGUAUGCGAGUUACGGAGCGACAAACCACGCAAGACUUCAGCAGAUCGCCAAGGAGUAUGAUCCGACUGGCUUCAUGAACAGGCAAGGCGGCUGGCCACUGGGUUGAUUGUGUCAAGGGUCUUUUAAUGUUUAAAUACUUAAAUAGGAUCGUGGAUAAUUAUGCAGUCAAG